AUGAGAUUAACGCUUCAGCUGUGCUGCGGUGUACUGCUGCUGUGUGUAGUAUCCGGCCAGCAGUACAAGCAGCAACCGGCCGCGCCGGUUGCAUCCUCGACGUCCUCCGACACGGUGCCAGCAGCGGCCAACAACGUGCCGUAUCGUGCCCGAGCCUACUCGAACCAGUACAGCAGCAGCAGCUCGGAGGAGGAGGAAGAUGAUCGACCGGUGGCGUCCUACAGCCCGGGCCGCCAGCAGCAGCAGGGCAACAGCAACCUAAAGAAAGCCUUCAAAAAGCCAUCGUACUCGAGCGAAGAGCUGGAACAGGAAGAGGAACCCGAUCGGUUGACGUUGCUGCUGGAAAAGUCGCAGUUCCAGUGUACGGGGCGCACGACCGGCUAUUACGCGGAUGAAACGCUCGGUUGCGAGGUGUUCCACUACUGCCAGGAGAACCAGAAGCACUCGUGGAUCUGCCCCGAGGGUUUCACGUUCCAUCAGGUGCACCUGAUUUGUAUGCCACCGUCGGGGGAUAACAUCUGCGAGCAGUCGUCAAAGUAUCACUUUGUGAACGACUACCUUUACAAGCCGAUCAACAUGGAGGAGCACAUGACCAAACCGAACGUUACGCUCAGGUACUCGGAGCGUUACUAUCCGGAGAAUUUCUACGUGGACGAGCGUCACUACGAUGAGGAGCGUGUCCUGCGCCAGCACGAGGAACGCCAUCAACCACAGCAACCGGUGAAGCAGCAGACGUACCAUCACCAGCCGCAACAGCAGACGAUCCGCAAGCAGCCGGUGUACGCGACGACACCGUCCACCUACAGGUUGCCGUCGUCUCCGCAACCGACCCACAGCGUGUACCGUUCGCCGGAUGAGAUCAACAUCUCGCUGCAACAACGUCGACCUGCGGUUCAACCAUCGGCUUAUCUGCCUUCGACGACACCACGCUAUGAGGACGAACCGGAGUACGAUAGCUACGAGCGGAAGUGAAGCGUCGUUCGCCCUGUGGGGGUGUAAGGACGAGCAGCUCACUCUUUCUCUCUCUCUCUAGUGGCCAGUUGACUCGUCACUGGCCAUGUGUUGUUGGAGAUGGCCAGCAGAGCCGACACCUUUUGUGGGACCUUUUGGUGGUCGGUCGGUGGUGUUGAAGUAGGUUUGUAAGCUGCGUUUUUCGUUUUUAAACCCAAUGUUUUUUUUUUAAUCGAUUAUCUUAAGCGUGGAAUCGCGAGGAGAGUGCGAGCGUGAAGUGUCGCCGGUGUGGCGGUGAUGGGAAGUAACAGCAGUAAAAUCUUUCUUAUGUACAAA